UCUUAGACCACACUUCGUUUGGUCAAUUAUAUAGUGAUAUCAGAGUAUGGAGGGAUUCCUUUUCUUUUGAUAUUUGAAAUUUGAAUUCUAUUAUCCUUGAAAUGCAACAUUUCAAAAAACCAUGUGUAUACAUCGAUGUGCAAUUGAAAAAGGAAUAUUCCUGCCAUAUCUCAUCGACUUCUAUCAACGCAUCUGGCCCUAAUUGCGUUACAUACAGACAGACAAAAGCAAAUCGAGUUGAAACAUAGACCUCACUAUGUUCGGUCAAUUAUACCUAAUGUUUCAUCCACACAUUGGCCCAGUCGCUGGUCUUCCCAUCCACACUGCAAUGUGACCAUUGUGUUGAAUAAAUGGAACACAUUACAAGCCCCAAAAAAUAAAAAAGUAACAGAAUAAAAACUAGGCCCUAAGCAACUCAGUCACACUGAGAAAGGGCAGAGCAGAUGACAAAACAGGAGACAACAGGAGCUUUGUUGACAACAGUGUGGAUGGGUGGUUUGCCAGCGCUCACCUUCUCUGGCCUUCAUUGACCUUUGCAGGGCUGGCCUUCACUCCACAAAAAUCUGAGCAGUUAUCCUUCUCACAUUGAGUCCUAGAGCUCAGUAUCAUUAAAUGAUGUUAGAACUAUAUUGUGAAUUCUAUUUCUAGUGAUUUGUCAUGUGUGAAUUGAAUCAGUUGUUCAUUGAAGUAAUUUGAUAUUGAUAUUUUGACUUUUUACUUUUAGGAGUCGUCAUCAUCAGCUGUUCGUGGGAGUGACUCCUCUGCUGAAGAGGAGGAAGGAGGUAACAAUGAAAGAUUGGGAGAAGAAGAAGUCAAACAAGAGAAGGUGUUAUGCAAAACUACUCUCAAAAAAACCCAUCUGUGUACAUUCUGUACAAAACGUUUUUCUCAAUCUUGUCAUUUAACUGUUCAUAUGCGUACUCACACAAAAGAGAAGCCUUUCCAGUGUACAGUAUGUACUAAAAGGUUCUCUACUUCUGGUGAAUUGACUGUUCAUAUGCGUUCUCACAAAAAAGAGAAGCCUUUCCAGUGUACAGUGUGUACUAAAAUGUUCUCUAAUUCUACAAAUUUGACUGUUCAUAUGCGUCGUACUCACACAAAAGAGAAGCCUUUCCAGUGUACAGUAUGUACUAAAAGGUUCUCCACUAAUGGUGAAUUGACUCUUCAUAUGCGUACUCACACAAAAGAGAAACCUUUCCAGUGCACAGUGUGUACUAAAAGGUUCUCCUUGUCUGGUAAUUUAAGCAUUCAUAUGCGUAUUCACACCAAAGAGAAGCCUUUUCAGUGUACAGUGUGUACUAAAAGGUUCUCCACUAAUCGUGAAUUGACUGUUCAUAUGCGUACCCACACAAAAGAGAAACCUUUUCAGUGUUCAGUGUGUACUAAAAUGUUCUCCACUUCUAGUGAUUUGACUGUUCAUAUGCGUCGUACUCACACAAAAGAGAAGCCUUUCCAGUGUACAGUAUGUACUAAAAGGUUCUCCACUAAUGGUGAAUUGACUGUUCAUAUGCGUACUCACACAAAAGAGAAGCCUUUCCCGUGUACAGUGUGUACUAAAAUGUUCUCCACUUCUUAUAAAUUAACUGUUCAUAUGCGUACUCACACGAAAGAGAAGCCUUUCCAGUGUACAGUAUGUACUAAAAGGUUCUCCACCUCUGGUGAUUUAACAAGGCAUAUGCGCACUCACACAAAAGAUAAGCCUUUUCAGUGUACAGUCUGUACAAAAAGGUUCUCCGAUUCUGGUAAUUUGUCUGUUCAUAUGCGUACUCACACAAAAGAGAAACCUUUCCAGUGUUCAGUGUGUACUAAAAGGUUCUCCUUGUCUGGUAAUUUAAGCAUUCAUAUGCGUACCCACACAAAAGAGAAGCCUUUCCAGUGUACUGUGUGUAGUAAAAGGUUCUCCACCUCUAGUGAUUUAACACGGCAUAAUAUGCGUACUCAUACAAAAGAGAAGCCUUUCCAGUGCACAGUGUGUACUAAAAGGUUCUCCACUUCUGGUGAAUUGACUCUUCAUAUUCGUACUCACACAAAAGAGAAACCUUUUCAGUGUACAGUGUGUACUAAAAUGUUCUCCACUUCUUAUAAAUUAACUGUUCAUAUGCGUACUCACACAAAAGAGAAGCCUUUCCAGUGUACAGUAUGUACUAAAAGGUUCUCCAUUUCUGGUGAUUUGACUGUUCAUAUGCGUACUCACACAAAAGAGAAGCCUUUCCCGUGUACAGUGUGUACUAAAAUGUUCUCCACUUCUUAUAAAUUAACUGUUCAUAUGCGUACUCACACGAAAGAGAAGCCUUUCCAGUGUACAGUAUGUACUAAAAGGUUCUCCACCUCUGGUGAUUUAACACAGCAUAUGCGCACUCACACAAAAGAGAAGCCUUUUCAGUGUACAGUCUGUACAAAAAGGUUCUCCGAUUCUGGUAAUUUGUCUGUUCAUAUGCGUACUCACACAAAAGAGAAACCUUUCCAGUGUUCAGUGUGUACUAAAAGGUUCUCCUUGUCUGGUAAUUUAAGCAUUCAUAUGCGUACCCACACAAAAGAGAAGCCUUUCCAGUGUACUGUGUGUAGUAAAAGGUUCUCCACCUCUAGUGAUUUAACACGGCAUAAUAUGCGUACUCAUACAAAAGAGAAGCCUUUCCAGUGCACACUGUGUACUAAAAGGUUCUCCACUUCUGGUGAAUUGACUCUUCAUAUUCGUACUCACACAAAAGAGACACCUUUUCAGUGUACAGUGUGUACUAAAAUGUUCUCCACUUCUUAUAAAUUAACUGUUCAUAUGCGUACUCACACAAAAGAGAAGCCUUUCCAGUGUACAGUAUGUACUAAAAGGUUCUCCAUUUCUGGUAAUUUGUCUGUUCAUAUGCGUACUCACACAAAAGAGAAGCCUUUCCAGUGUACAGUGUGUACUAAAAGGUUUUCUUUUUCUGGUAAUUUAACCAGUCAUAUGCGUACCCACACAAAAGAGAAGCCUUUUCAGUGUACAGUGUGUGCAAAAAUGUUCUCUCAGUCAACAAGUUUGACUCAGCAUAUGCAUACCCACACAGUUUAAACAAAUCAAUUUCUUCUCUACUGGUGUGUAUUACAUAUGUUAUAUGUUCCUGAAAUUAUUCAAAUUUAUUCAUCCUUAAUGAAAAUUACAAAGUUUGAAACUUAAAGUAUAAAAUACAUUACUUGAGCUAAUACAUAUCAAGCCUUUGUUUUUCAAUUACCAAUGUUACUUCAUAAUACUAGUUACCUCAUUUAUACUAGUUACUAAUACUAACUCGUAGCUCAUAAUUAAAUUUAUACAUUAUAUAGUUUAAUAAUAGUGUAUCAUGGUGAUUGGAAAGUAGAGAAUGUCUCAGUAGAGUUUUAUUGUUAAAUUCAUUGACCUAAUAGAUCAAAUUUUGUUAGCUUCUUGAGUUCAGCUUGUUCUUGCAUCUAUUCUUCCCUCGGCCUGCCUAUGCAUCUUUUAUUUUCAGCUUAAGUAAUCCAGUUCCCAAUCCAAGACUAUUUUGAUAAUGACAUAUUUAAUAGUGAAGUCCCCAGGCCACGGUACAAACGGGCAGGUUUGAUGAUGGGGCACUACACAGGGUUAUCUUCCUCAACUCAUCUGUCUCUAAAUGUUUUUGAAAUAUAUAAUAUUAGAAAACAUUUUAGACAAUAUACUUCAAACUCCGGCACAUUAUUCCUUUAUUUUCAUACAGAUUGUAAUAUUUAUCAUUGUAUUCAUCAGAUUUUUAUGCUCUCUUAUAUGCUUAGAAAGUUGUCAUUUAUGUGUUAUGAAUAUUUAUGUACUAUUUCUUCACAACAUAUUUGAAUACUAUGUAUUGAAAUAAACUCACAUUCAUUUCAUUAGGAAUGUUGUAAGAAUUGAGUGUUACUAAACAACUUUUUAGGAACUGGGUACUGAGUGAUUGAGUAAGGGUAUUUUAAUUUUGUUGCCAACCCUAUUAAAGGAAGUGUAGUUUUGGCCUAUGCCAGAAAAGCACUAAGGACUGUUGAUUGAUAAAUGUCCCUAUAAUUGGCAGGCUUUAAUAAGAUGAAACUGAGCUUUUUGGUUUUAAAUAUUAGACUAUCUAUGUCCAAAGACUGCCUUUCACUAUUAUAUUGAUUUUAUCCACUAGUUUUGAUAAUUAUGAAUAUGUUCAUUGAUAUUUUAUUGUUAGUUUUAGUCUAUGUUUUGAUUUAUGGAAUUCUAAGACUAUUUUCAAUUUUAUUUUAUAAUAGUAUAGUCUAUGACAUGUGAAUAAAUAGAUAGAUAGAAAAAAUUGAUUCUCCUGAAAAUAAACCUAUGCUCACUCUUUUAGUUGCUUUCCGGAUCUACUGUACUCGUUAUUUUAUUUGUUACUCUCAUUAUCACAUAGUACAUUUUAUAAAUUCAAAUGGUAGUCCUUGUGAAAAGUUGAUGUCUAUGAUAUAUUUUUUCCUACUUUAUUCAAUUUGUUAUUGAUCUAAUUGCCCUAUAAAUACUUUAGUGAUUGAAAUGGCUCCAGUUCCUAGCGAGAUAUUUGAUUGUAAUAGGUGAAAUGACAAUGAAUUUAGGAAAGAACAUAAUUCAUAGAAUAAAAACUGAGCUAAUAAAAUGAGAAGAGUAUACAAUUUAUUUUGAGACAGGAAGCAUAAUAUUAAGCAGAUUACAAUCACAAUAUGGUAAUUUUAAAAGAAUAUAAAACAUUUUCUACAAUUAUGCAUGAUAGACUUUACAAGUAUUUUAUAAAUUCAAAACGAAUUAUUGGGUAUACUGCCUAUAGAAAAAGAUUCCCAACAAGAAGAGACAAAUAAUAGAUAUGGACAUGCCAGUGACAUUAAGAUAAACAAGUAAGCUUAUGUUUAGAUAUUGAAGUACCAAUUUAAAACUUGCUUCAAAAACCAUUGUAGUCUAUUAUUUAUUCCUAUUUCUGUCAUUGCUAAUUUUAUGUAAUAAAUUGAUCAAAUUCACAGUA